UGACCGCGCCCACGCCCACCUCAUUUAUCAUCAGCAGAGGCAGAAUUUUGAUGAUCUGAAUUUAGAAUGCAAAUCGUUGUCGCGUUACAAAUUUCGCAAUCUUGUCCAAAAUAGUAUAUUAUUUGGCCAUAUGUUUCAACGAUUAGUAUGAUGGCUUUGUGAGAAAAUCGCCUUGGGUCGUCGUGAGAGAGCUGGGAUCUGAUCAGGACUGCAAAAUCUUAAAAACGUUUGUCUCGAUUUGAGUGACAGAGCCCUAGGAUGCAGUAGGCGCAGAAAUGGCAGAGGGAGGCCUAGACGAACGCCAGAGUAAUGGCAGCAUUAACAGGGCCCUGAAGCGCUACGGCAGUACCAGCAACCAUGUGAUGCGCUCUCCUGAAAAUAUGAACACAAUUCAGCAUGAAAUUGAGGAAGGGGACACCCUGCAGGGCCUGGCCCUCAAGUAUGGCACAACGAUGGAGCAGAUCAGACGAGCCAACCGUCUGUGGACGGGGGACAGUCUGUUUGUCCGUGAAACGUUGCUCAUUCCUGUGCCAUGUGAAGAAGCGGCCAAGGGCUCCACCCCAGGAAGCACUGGAGCUUUCUCGUCGGCCGACAGUGGAAAUUCGAGCGACAGCAGCAGUCCCGAGGAAAACUCUAGCGCCAUCCUGAGGGAAAGUCGGCCGCACACCACUAGUGUCCCGACGCCCUGUGAUCGGUCAGAGACAAGUCCGUCAGAGUUUUUGUGCAAAAUUGAUACAGCCAUUGCUCACACUAAGCAUCAAGUGAACAAGUUCCAGUCCAAGAGCCAAUUUUCCUUCGAAGAGGAGGACUCGCAACCUCGGCGCCGCGCUUGUGUCUCUCGGCUCAGAUUGCAGCCUACUGCCGAGGCCACUGAUUCGCGACUAAAGCAAAAGCUGGAGCAAAGCCAGGAUGCCAUCUUCGAAUUGUGAUUUCCUCGUCAGACUGAAGAAAGUAAUCUAAAUUUUCAAUAAUACUUGUAGCCGUCAAACCUCAAUUCAAGUAAGGUCUUGCCUAUCAGUUGCUCCUUGCGUCUCAUGAUUUUAGUCUGUCGAACACCCAAGUGCCCCUACUUCAUUGUCCUAAAUGCAUUUGUGUACUUAAAAUCCUGUUGAAGAAAUCAUUGGCAGCUUAUAAUAUUAUUUAUUUGCUUUUCUCUGAAAUUGGACGGAAGUACGGUACAAUAUAACGAAGGGCUAGGGCAAGACCGUAAUUUUAAAUUGCACUAAACAUAUCGCCGUACGUUUGAGUGAUCAAAUCAUCGAUAAACGAACAUUAUCAAUUAAAUUUAUAAUAUUUGUUGAAAAAGAUGGUGGUCGUUAAAUGAACGUCCACUCUUACCUGCAAGUUGGCCAGAUAUAAAAUUGCAUGGGUCAAUUUGCAUGCUGUGUAAGUCUGCAUGUCAUUUAUGGGGUAUGUGUGAAAUCAGUAGGGAAAUGAUUGAAAAAUCUCAAGGUUUUGUUGGGGCAAACAAAGUUUUUAGCCCUUGUAAGAGGCUAUAAUACUUUGCAGAGCUAUUUUCUAAUAAUAUAAAUAAUAAUAGGGCCUAUUGAGACUAGAUUUUAAGUAAAUAGGAACUUGCCUAAGAUUUUUCCCGAGUUAAAAAAAAAAUUUAUUUUGGUUCAUAUCAAAAUUAAAAAAGGUUCCUGUCUACUUAAUGCCAAAAACUGCACCACCAACAUCGGCCUGCUUUUUUCCAUCUCUAGUCUGGUACAGUCAUGCAAGCCCUGUUGAGGGAGCAAAAAAUUGCACCAUACGCCUUUAAUUUAGAUUCUGAGAGUAUAGAUGAAUCAUAUAUUUAACAAAUAAUAAUACAAAUUAAUCUCUGUUGGCCGACAAUAAAAGUGAUAUUCUGUGUAA